GAUUGGUGACACACAGCAGGAAUAUCUCGGCCAUGUUCACCAAAAAGCAACGAAACUCUCAGUUUCUGACUUUAGUCUCAUUUCUUUUGAACUCAUUUGCCUCAGGUCAGAUCAGGCUGGUUGGGUCUGGAUCAACUCGCUGCUCUGGAAGAGUUGAAGUCUACCACAAUGGAUCAUGGGGAACAGUGUGCGAUGAUGACUGGGAUCUAAAUGAUGCAAAUGUGGUCUGCAGACAGUUGUCAUGUGAACCAGCUUUUCAAGCUCCCGGAUCAGCUCAUUUUGGUCAAGGAUCAGACCCAAUCUGGCUGGAUGAUGUAGCAUGUUCAGGCAGUGAAAACUCAUUAACACAGUGUGGUCACAGAGGUUAUGGAACCCAUAACUGUGGUCACGGUGAAGAUGCUGGUGUCAUCUGCUCAGAAAGUCUUGUAAAGCCCAGCAUCUCCAUGGAUCCUGUUGGAGAGGUCUCCUGGGGUCAGAAACUCAGAAUCACCUGUUCCACUGCAGCUGAACUUUUGGAAAAAACAUUUAUUCUCCAAAAGAUCUCAGGUUCCUUCAGAGAAACACAAAUAUCUGCCAGCCGCGCUGCAACGUUCAACAUCUCUAAAGUGAAUCUUGAUCAUGAUGGAUUGUACCUGUGUCACUACGAGAAAACUGUUUCUGGUCAAACGUUCACUUCACCUCUAAGCGACCUACUUAAUGUUACUGUGAACCUCCUAAAGCCCAGACUCUCUGUGAGUUCUAUUAAUGUUUCCUGGGGUCAGAAAUUUGGAUUCACUUGUUCAAUUCCAACUCAAGUCCUUGGUGGAACUUUCAUCCUGAUGAAUACUCAGAGUUCAUUUAAAGAGACUCAAACCUCAAGGAACAUUUCUGCCAACUUUGCAAUCUCCAAAGCUGACAUUGAAAAUGACGGGUCGUACCAGUGUCAGUAUCAGAAAAAAGGACCACAUCGAAAUUUCACUUCUCCAUUAAGCAACUCUGUCUGAGUUUCUGUAAACGUGAGCCUACAGGCGCCCAACAUCUCACUAACUUCUCCUGGAGCAGAGUUGGUCUGGGGUCCUGGAGAAGCAGAGAUCACUGGUGGUCUGAACUUUACCAUCACCUGCUCCAUUAACCCUAAAUCUCCUCAGGGUCAUUUCUUUCUCGUCAUGUCUGGAUUCAACAUGACUACCAACAGCCCAGCAGUCAACAACGCAGCCUCCUUUACCUUUCCUGUGGCAGAGUUAAAACACCAGGGUAACUACAGUUGUUUGUACCAGGUUACCCUGUCUGGACGCACCGUGGACUCUGCUGAGUCAGCACCCAUCACUGUUGUUGUGAAGCAAUCUUUGCUGCUGCUGAUCUGUGCAGUAUUUGGUGGAACCCUGCUCCUGUUGCUCUUCGUCUAUUUCCUGGUCUAUCUCGUCAACAGGAGAAGAAAACAACCCAAACAGCCAGCGGUUCUUUUCCAGACUCAAAGGUUCACCAGAGAGGACAGAGGGAUUUGUGAGGCAGAAGCAGAUGAAGGCAAAGGAAAUCAUUAUGGAGAUGAGACAAAUCUCUAUGAAGAAUGUAGUCCACCAUCCUUCAAAGAGUGUAUGAGUGCUAAGAGUGAAAAACAAACAAAGGAAAAAGAGGAGGAGAACAAAGAAACCAGCGAUGACGAAAACUACUGCAACAUUGUAACUUUGCCUGUCCAGUAAACUGUUCAGAUAUGGUUUAAUCUGGCUCUGAUUUAGGAUUUUCAGCUUUGUAUGGUUUGUUCCCAGAUCCAAGACUUUUGCUUAACCUUUUUACACCACAGCUUUAGUUCCAGUGUUGACAUUCUAUGACUUACUUUGACUCUUUAACCAUUUAUGUAAUAAACAUAAUUGCAACAGAUUCUGUAAUUGACAAAGCAUCUUAUUACUGAUAUGCAACACUUAAUGACUGUUGCUUCAGAUUCUGUUGGAAUUAUGUGUAUUGCGUAAAAUGUUGAGGACUUGUGGUAGUUCAAGAAGGAUAUAAUUUCAAGUCACCUGUGAUAAAGAGUUGUCGCUUUAACACAGAACCUUCAAAAUGUGCUGCAAUAUUAAAAUGUUUAUGCAACAAAUUCAAA